AGAUUUGAGAUUUCAUAAUAUGUGAAACAGACACAUUGCAUGUUUUCCUAUGAAAGGUCUUUGAUUUCAGAUUGUCAGAAAAAAAAGUUCCUCCAGCAGGCAAUAGGUGGAAGCUCUGGCAAACAGAGUACCCGCUUGACUGUUACCGACAGUUGGUGGAGGAGCACAGCCGAAUCACCUUGAGGCACUGAGGUGACUUUCUGAAGGACCAGGAAAGAAAUUUCUUCUGGAUCCUGUAGCUCAGGCAUGAUGAAGCUUAAAUCCUCUUCUUUUUCUGGGUACUCUGUGGGCUUUCUUCUCCUACAAGUGAUGACAUCAACAUCAGAGAAGUGGACAGUGACCGUUCCCACGGUUCACUUGGUGGCUAUAGUAGGAGGACAGACUGAGCUUAGCUGCCAGUUGUUCCCAUCACAAAGUGCAAAACAUAUGGAGGUAUCCUGGUUCAAGGCUGACCAUUCCAAGCUUGUUCACCUAUACAGAGAUGGCCAUGAAGUGAAAGGGGAAGCUGCCCCAGAAUAUGUGGAUCGCACAGAGUUUGUGAAAGAGUCCAUUGGGGAGGGCAAAGUGACUCUCCGACUUCAUAAUAUCCGCGUUUCUGACAAUGGAACAUACCAGUGUUCAUUUAAGGAUGGCAACUUCAGCAAUGUGGCAAGCAUGGACCUGAAUGUAACAGCAUUAGGCUUGGAGACACAGAUCCAUAUUCAGGCUCCUAGAACUGAUGGACUUAUGGUGGAGUGUAACUCAGGAGGCUGGUUCCCACAGCCCCAGAUGAUGUGCAGAGACAGCAAGGGAGAGGUAAUUCCACAUUCAUCACAAUCCUACUCACAGGAUGGAGCUGGAUUAUUCCACAUCAAGAUGACUCUUAUCAGAUACAGAUCACAGGGUGAUAUGAUUUGCAACAUUCGCAACCCUUUGUCAAAUGAAGAAAAACAAAUAAAUAUCAUCUUACCUGAUGCCCUGUUUAUUCCAGUCCACAUUGGACUUGUGGUUUUAGCUUCACUUUUCUCUGUGAUACUGGUUGUUAUUGUUGUGCUCCUUUUCUGUCGAUGUUCCAAAGAAACAGUGUUUGGAUAUAACUACAUUCACAUAAUGAGCACAAUUCCUGCUCAAGUACUGGGUUUUAUAUGCUUUUGUACAAUGCUCGGUAUAUACCUGCAUUUCCGGCUACAAGUUUCUAUUGAAGAUUCUUUCUUUUCUUUGUAUAAUGACUGGAUAAGGGAUAUGGCAAAGAUGGUAAUGAUUUUGAUGGGAUUUUACAGUAUGCUUAUCGGUGCUUUAUACCUCACAAUAAGAGGGCAUGUAAAAAAAUAAAGAAUAUACGGAAAAAAUCGACAGAGAUGCAAUCAGCAAAAUGUAGACAUGGAAAGCACUACGAGAAAUGAUCCAAGUUCUUCAAUAAAUGUUGCAAGAAAAUAAAAUGAGAGAAACAGAUUAGCUCUAUUGUUUUAUAACUAAAAAUAUAUCAAUGAAUUACAACUUGUACAUAUAUUUGUUUUUAUAAAUAUGUUUUUAUUGACUUUAGAGAGGAAGAAAGGGAGAGGGAGAGAGAAAUAGAAACAUCAAUGAUGAGUGAGAACCAUCAAUCUGCCUCCUGCACACACACACACACACACCCCUACCCCCACUAGGGAUCAAACUCACAACCCUGGCAUGUUUAUCCUGACCAGGAAUUAAACUGGUGACCUUUUUUUGCAUGGAACGACACUCAACCAACAAAGCUGCACCAGCCAAGGCAGUACAUAUAUUUGGAUGUCUAUUUAAACCAAAUACACUAUUAAGCAAAAAUGAUGAAACCAUAGCCAAACUGAUCAAGAAAAAAUAUUUCCCAAAUAAAUAAAAUGAAAAAUUAAAGAAGAAAAAUUAUAUCCAACAGCACAGAAAGACAAAGAAUCAUUAAAGAACACUAUGAACUAUUAUGUGCCAACAAGUGGACAAACUACAAGAAGUGUUUUGAUUUCUAGAAGCAUACAACUUUCUAAGACUGGACAAGGAAGAAAUAGCAAGUCCAAGAAGACUGAUUAUUAGCUAUGAAAUUGAAGCAGUAAUAAAAAAAUACUCCCACAAACAAAAUUCCAGGACCAGACAAUUUCCUUUUUAAUCUAAUCCCAAAAAUUGAAGAGGUGGGAAUGCUUCUAAUUCAUUCUACAAAGCCAGCAUUACCAUAAAACCAAAACCAGUCAAAGACAUUAUCAAAAUAGAAAAUUAAAGUCCAAUAUCCUUGAUGAGCAUAGAUGCAAAAAUCCCCAUUAAGGGGCUUGCAGGAGGCAGCCAAUCAAUGUUGCUCAUGAUGUUUCUAUCUCUUUAUCCUUCUCCUGUCCUCUUUCUGAAAUUAAUAAAAACAUAUUUUUAAAAAAUUCUCAACAAAAUAUUAGCAAUAUGGAUUCAACAAUACAUUGAAAGGAUUAUAGGGAAGGGGCAGGAAGAGAUUAAAGAACUUAUAUGCAUAUAUGCAUAACCUAUGGACACAGACAAUAGUGCGGUAGGAGUGGGUG